CAACGUCAUCUACGCGGAAGUCUCUCUUCUCUCAACAGAGUGAAAUGUCUUACAGAAAUUGAUGAUCCACCAUGGCUACGUUUCGCUUCGGGCAGCACAUCAUAAAGUCCUCGGCUGUGUUUUUGAAGACGGAGUUGUCCUUCGCCCUAGUCAACCGAAAGCCGGUCGUGCCUGGUCAUGUUCUAGUGUGUCCUCUCCGUGUGGUCGAGAGGUUUCGGGAUCUUCGUCCUGAUGAAGUGACGGAUCUGUUCAUGACCACACAGAGAGUUUCCAGUCAAAUAGAGAAACACUUCCAGGCGUCCUCCCUCACCAUCUGCGUACAGGACGGACAUGAGGCAGGACAGACGGUCAAGCAUGUCCAUGUCCACGUGCUGCCGAGGAAGGCUGGAGACUUCGAGAAGAAUGACAGCAUCUAUGAUGAGCUCCAGAAACAUGACCGGGAGAGCCAGGAUGUCCCUUCUCAAUGGAGAUCAGAAGAAGAGAUGGCUAAAGAGGCCAGUGAUAUACGCAGCCUCUUCAGCUAAUGUGUCUGCAGGGCUUUAUCUGCUGGAAGGCUCCAAGACAUGCAGUUGAUUAAAGCAGUGGUUCUCAAACUUUUUUCAGCUGAGGGCUCUUUGUGGAGAGGGGAAUCCAUUUGCCCCCCAAAAAUAAAUAA